AUGUUUUGUCCUCAGGGAAUGACAAUCACCAUGAUGGCCACAUUAAAUUUUACCAGUUUCAAUCCAGGCUCCUUCAUUUUGGUGGGGAUCCCAGGGCUGGAGCACUUCCACAUCUGGAUUGGCAUUCCUUUCUUCGCUAUCUACCUUGUGGCCCUUGCAGGUAAUGGUGUCCUUCUCUACCUCAUCACUGUGGACAGCAGCCUCCAUGAACCCAUGUUCUUCUUCCUCUCAAUGUUGGCCUCUGCAGACCUCAUCUUAGGCACCACGUGUGUCCCCAAAACACUUGGCAUCUUCUGGUUGAAUGCUCAGGAAAUCACAUUUCCUGGCUGCCUCACCCAGUUGUUCUUUCUCCACUUCAGCUUUUUCCUGGACUCAGCCAUCUUAUUGGGCAUGGCAUUUGAUCGUUACGUGGCCAUUUGCUCCCCUUUGAGAUACAGGAGCAUCUUGACACCUAAGAGAAUUGUCAGGAUCAUUGUGGGCAUUGCUGGUCGGAGCUUUAGUGUUAUUUUGCCUGUUGUUUUCCUGGUGAAGCGUUUGCCUUUCUGCAGGACACGUAUCAUCCUUCAUACAUACUGUGAGCAUAUAGGGGUGGCCCGGCUUGCCUGUGCUGAUAUUUCCAUCAAUAUCUGGUAUGGCUUUGCUGUGCCUGUAAUGACUAUUAUCUCAGACCUGAUCCUCAUUGGUAUUUCCUACACUCUCAUCCUUCGUGCUGUUUUCCACCUUCCAUCCAGAGAUGCCCGCCAGAAAGCCCUCAGCACCUGUGGUUCUCAUGUCAGUGUCAUUCUCAUAUUCUACACACCAGCCAUAUUCUCUGUCCUUGCUCACCGCUUCGGCCACAAUAUCUCUCACACUUUUCACAUUUUGUUUGCCAACCUCUAUGUGGCAAUCCCUCCUGCACUCAAUCCCAUCAUUUAUGGUGUGAAAACAAAGCAGAUCAGGGAGAAGGUCAUCUUUCUGUUUUUUCCUAAAGGGAUGCAGUGA